AUGCAGGCUGUUCACUAUGAGCAGCAUGCUGCCCUUGGGGAGUCGCCUGCCUACACCGACCAACGUGCGCCGCAGGAGCCCUCCCCCCGGAGCUCGGUUCCCAAGAACGUCGCCUUUGAGCUACUGCUCGAUGAGAACUCCAAAGUCCGGGCCCGCAUACCAAUGCGGGUACAGAUCUACCCUCACGAUACCACCGACUCCAUCGUGACCACGGUCAAGAAUUUUUACGGGAUCUACGAUGGCGCUGCCAGCGGUGUCAGCUUCGAGGAUGAACAAGGAAUCACCCUCAUUGCCAGGUACGAGAACCUACGCAAUAAUAUGACUGUCUAUGUGCGGGUCAUCCCCGUCCAGGCAUACACAGAUGGCUACGGCGAUCGCUACUAUGGGCACAUCCCCGUCGAGGCCCGCAAGCGUCCCAGUCUGGGCGAGCCGUUCCAGAUGGCGCCGGCCAUGCAGCCGGCGCAUGUCUUGGAACAUGGGCAGCCGCCUUCUCGGCCGGCAUCCCGGCUCGCUCGGAAGCGUAGCAUAUCGCCGUCCGGGAGAAGCCGUCGCAGUGCCUCCCAACACAAGCAGUCGUCCCGGAUGGGCAAUAAGAGCAGAGGCUCGAGCGCUCAUGGCAGCUUCCGUGAGGAUGGUACCCCUGUUUACAGUGAUAGCGAAGGUGGCUACUCGGGGACGAAGAAGUCCCGCAGCGAGCAAUUUGGUAGCUCGGAUAUUAGCAUGGAUAAUAUCCUUCAGGAUGGCCGCCGGAAACGGCCCAAGUUUGAAAGUUCGGAAUUGCCGUUGUUCGUUCCUCCACAGGUCCCCCUCACUACAUCCACCUCAUCGAUCUCCCCUCAACGCCGGUCCAUCGGUCAAGAAGGCGCCAUCUCCCCUUUCGCACGCCCUACCCAGCGUCCAUACAACCAACAACCGCCAUUGCCCUCGCCCCAGAGCUAUGGAUAUAACGAACAAGCCUAUAGCGUCAGCGCUGUACGGAAUCCUGUGUAUGCCACCCCCGUGGUCCCUGAGCACGGCCACCGCCUGCGCGACCGGGCCACUACCCAGUCAUCUGGACAGUAUAGCAAUCAGGCCGGUCGGGGUGGCGGCCCCGGGAUCCUCCCCACUCCGGAUCCGACUAUUGCCAGUUGCAUCUCCGAUGAGGAUGUGGCUAUGCAACUGAUCCGCCUCGGAGACGCUUCCAAUUUCUCGCACGGCCGGACGUCGGCCUCCACGCUCGACGAUGCCUUCAGCGGGGCUGCGGACGCUGCAUCCUCGACGGGGGCCACCAGCGAUGGGGAUGACUACAGUGAUGAUGACGAUGAUCUGCCCGCCCGGACCAAACAGCGGAUCGACUCUAGCCCCAUGCUCCCCCCCGGUGCCACCAAGCGCACGCACAAGAGACUGGAUGAUAUCCUUCCCAGCUUUGACAGCUCCGAAGGAAGCUACGACGGCUACGAUGACGAGUACCCCCAUGAGGAGUUUCAUGAUAGCCUGGUCAAACAUGAGGGUGACGAGGACUCUCUCUACCGAGAGUCCGCCCCCAAGUCGAAGAAGGCAAAGACCCGGCCCACCAAUCCGGUCGUGACCAAGGCACGCGGGCCCAAGCCAGCAUCCGUGCGCCCGAACAAGAGCAGCAAGCCGACGGCUAAUGGGGUCGCCCGGAAGGUCAAGUCGACCUCGACUGCUGUGGCUCAGAAGGUGGCGGUCUCCCCGCAGAUGAUGAGCCCGGUGCCAGUCCGCAAGACGUCCACCUCUUCGGUCAACUUUCAACACCAGCUCGCUGCCGACGAGGAGGACCUGUCGACCAAGCCGCGUUGCCAGCGGUGCCGUAAGAGCAAGAAGGGCUGUGAUCGGCAGCGCCCUUGCGGCCGAUGCAAGGAUGCUGGCAUCGGCCUCGACGGCUGCAUCAGCGAGGACGAAGGAAACGGUCGCAAAGGCCGGUACGGCCGCCACAUGGGGGUGCCCGUCAAGAAAGCCUUCGAGCCCGCUGCGAAUGGCGUCGAGACGCAAUCCAUCGUGGCCGCCCUCCCGGUGUGUUCGGCGGCCCUGGUGGAUAAGAAUAAGAAGCGCAAGCGUUAG